AUGUCGAACCGUACGCCCCAUAAUGUGCUGAAAAACAUGCAGCGCAUGUUCCAGCAAAUGCAGGAGAAUGCAAGCCGUGCGGCGGGUCAAGGUGCGCAGCGCGGUGGCGGCUACAACGGCCACGGUGGCGGCGGUGGCCAAGGUGGCGGCCCCAUGAACCCGGCGGUCGGUGGUGCUGGUAUCAUUGCACUGGCCGGCCUCGCAUUGGGGAUCAACGCUUCCUUGUUCAACGUCGAUGGUGGACAUCGUGCCAUCAAGUACUCUCGUGUAUACGGUGUACGCGACAUGAUCUUCAACGAAGGAACGCACCUGCUCAUCCCGUGGUUCGAAACGCCCAUUGAUUACGAUGUGCGUGCCAAACCGCGCAGUAUCGCAAGCUUGACGGGCACGAAAGACUUGCAGAUGGUGUCGUUGACAUGCCGUGUCUUGUCACGCCCAAGCAUCGAAAAUCUGCCAACGAUCUAUCGUGAGCUUGGCACCGACUACGACGAGCGUGUGCUGCCAAGCAUUGUGAACGAAGUACUCAAGUCCGUCGUCGCGCAAUUUAAUGCAUCGCAGCUGAUCACGCAGCGAGAAAUGGUCUCGCGUCUUGUGCGUGAGAAUCUGACGCUGCGUGCGCGCCGCUUCAACAUCAUUCUUGAUGACGUGUCGAUCACCCACAUUUCCUUCUCGCCUGAGUUCACACAUGCUGUGGAAGCGAAGCAGAUCACGCAGCAGGCUGCGCUGCGUGCGGCAUUCCAGGUGGAUCAGGCACUGCAGGAGAAGCAGGCCAUCAUCGUGCGCUCAGCUGGUGAGGCGCGUGCAGCUGAGCUUAUUGGUGAUGCUGUGCGCAAGAACAAGGGCUUCUUGGAGCUCAAGCGUCUCGAUGCUGCUCGCGACAUUGCCACUACGCUGUCGACCUCUGGCAACCGGAUCAUGCUUGACUCACAGAGUCUGCUUUUGAAUGUGAAUGACAAGUCUACUGUCGCACAGCCAUGA